GUGGGACAUUCACUUGGAUCUUCUGAAAUUGACUCGUCAACAACAAACAAAGGGGAGAGUGACAUAUAAGGUUGCAAACUUGCCUUUGGAGGACACAUACAGAAUGGUGGUCAUCAUGUACUCCAACGACGGGGAUCAUCAUCGCAACACUAUUCCCUUGUUUGACAAUAUUCAAGUUGCAGGUCCAUCAUCUGCCGAGCAGGUGGCUGACAUAUCGACACUUGUGCGGAGAGAGAGAAAGCCGAAGAUGUUGAAUGAUGUCGUGGAGAAGAACUUUCUGCGAUCGAAGUGGAAAAUGGCAGGUAUGGAACCACCAGAGAAAGUUGUUUAUGAUGGUAUGGAAAGAGAGCCGAAUGCGAUGGCGGAGACAUUGGAGCAUUUUUGUCCUGCGGAUGAGGCUGUCGUUUUCCUGGGGAAAGGUCAUGCGGGAUUGGUUUGGGAGUUGUUAAAGAGUCACCGCCAUUGCAUUGUGCUAGAAGGGGAGGGUAUGAAGUUCGAGUUCCUCUCUCAGUUCAUUAACAAGAUGGUCAAAACUCGAGAUUACUUCGCUAGAUUUAUUAAUCCGCCUCCUCGACAUGAUGAAGGGCGUGAUCUCGUCUACAAGGUUGGCCAAAACAUGGUCAAUAUUUGGGAGUUUCUCUUCGAAACAAAGCCGCAACACAAAGGGGAACGUACUUAUGUCCUCAGAAGAAGGAAAGUGGAGACGCUUUUGAGGGGUUGUCACAAAGCACCAUCGGAGAGGGAAAUUUCAUUUCUCGACCGCUUGGAGACAAUGUAUUUCGACCAACAAAUCGGGGCGUUUACAAUUGCAGGUUAUGCGACUUGUUUUGUGGAUGGUGAGGACUUUGAUGCCGACGACUCAGAAGAAGAGAGUGUUGAUGACACUUUGCAAGCGGCUUUGGAAAAUGAGAGGCAAAAAGCUUGUAGCCCGGCUUCGCAGAGAAUGGGUGUUCCAGGCACAUCGUCCGGUUUUGGAGGAGCUUCGAGCAUGGCGGUUUCGACGGAUCAGUUAAUGACUCGGCCGCCGACUUCUUCUAUUGUUACACCGACUCAGAUGGCGGGCAAUACAAUGACGGAGUCAUCCGGAGGCAGUCUGGAUCCGAAGCUUCUAGCAAUGCUCUCCCCAGAGUUGUUGCCAACUCUGGCACCAUUUGCACACACCCCAAGUACUAUUAUGGAAUUGUCACGCUCUCGAACUCCACAACAACCUCCAUCUGAUGAGCCUUUGGAAUACGAGAUUGCAGACAUAAUCCCUGCGAACAUUGGGCUGCUUCCGGGGCCUAUAGUGUGCCGAGACGAUUAUACUGUGACGUAUGAUGCCACAUGGGGUCAUCACAUUAUAUGGCACCCCCAACACUUCCAACCUGCAUUGGCGAGAGGGAGGUGGGUUAUGGCUAUAAAAGAAGAAGGGGAGUGACAGUUUUGCCUCCACAAACGUAUGUCAGGAUCGAACUUUCUCAAACACGCCAAAAAUCAGAUUGCCAAGCGACUCCUGCGACUUAGUCCGGAGGUUUCUCAAUCAAGGCUAAAUGUAAGAACAAAAGAAAUUUUCCAAG